AUGCAAGGUAAAGAGUCACAUGGCGAUGAAAAUAUAGACGAUCAAUGUACAGGUGAUCCCACAGCGCCAUUCAAUGAAAUUGAAGCAUUUAAUAAUAUCUGGGAAGCUUUGCGAUGGAAACAAAUACGAACACGAGUGCCCAUAUGCUUCAAAAAGACGAUACGCAAUCGUUAUAUGCUUGCUAAUUUAAUUUAUUUUGGUUAUGCUAUCGGAAUUCUUGUAAUUGACUUCAAUCCGGUUGUUAAUGGAACAGCCGGCACUGAUAAUUCUUGUCCGGCAACCGGUGUCAGUCUUGACGAUCCUAUAACACCAAAUGAUGUGACAAAUAAGAUGUAUCUCGGUUUGGGCGUUGUUCAUCUUGCAUCAGCCUUUUUAUAUUGGUGGGCAUGGGAUAAUCGAUCAUGGCGAGAUAUCAUUAUGAUACCAGAAUAUUUGAAUCAUAUAGAAGCAGCAUUAUAUAUAUGGUCAGCUGCUUGGUAUCCAAGAGAAGAUACAUAUGGAGGUUAUUACACUUUGGCAAUUCAUAAAAUUGAAAUGACAGCAGCAACUGUCGAGUUAGUUGCUUCAUUCGGAUGGAUAAUGUCUUGGUAUAUGACUUAUACACGAACACUUGGCCGUGGUUUUACACUAGAUGAUCCUGAUGUGAUUGGAUUCUUAGCAACAACGAUCUCGUCAUUCAUUUAUAUGACAUACAAUAUUCAAAUCAACGUUGAUCCAACGCAAUAUGGUAACAAUUAUUUGUAUACCUAUGGAGAUAUUGUUUAUUUUGUUGGUGCGUGUUACUAUAUAUUCGCUUGUUUACGUGAUGAUCAUUGGUUUUGGUUUCUUCCAUCAAGUGGACAGUACGGUAUUGCAGCAGGCAAAACUCGCGUUCAACCAAAAGUUUUGCCACAAUUUGGAAAGCCGCCAGUAUUAAUGUGCGGUUCGUGUAGAAAGCGACCGAAAGUCGCUGUCAUAGAUGUCAAAGAAGAACAAGCAUAA